AUGGUUUUGGCGUCUAUAUGGGCUGAUGCCCCAAGUGGAUCAGUUGAACACUCAAAGAAGACUCAACGCAAGAAACCUACAUCAGGCAAAAAUAAGAAAAGUGGAACGAACAGAAUCUCAAGUGCUCCUGUUACUGAAACAUCAACUGAGAAGAAGACUUUUCAUGAGGAAAAGCCAAAAGGGAGAUUAGUCUUUAGCGUCAAAGAUGUGAAAAUAGACAAGAGUACGCCAGCAUCUCCAAGGAAAGGCAACAACAAGAAAAUCGACAAUGCUACUGAAUCAAACGAGAAAGCUGAUAAAGCUAGUAAAGACAAGCUAGAAGUGCUGAAGAAAAAGAUAGAAAAUCAGAAGAAAAUUCUCCAAAAAGCUCAACAUGAGAAACAACAGAAGGCCUUACUGGAAGAAUUCUUAAAUGAUGAUGCAAAAUUUGAUUGGGGGGAUGAAGAUGAGGAAGAUGAAAUUAUCGAAAAGCUGAAUAAUUCUUUGAAAGUUUAA